CCCGUUUAGUAUCCGAAAGGUACCAAUAUGGCGGAGGCUUCCUUAGGAAGUACAAGCCCAGUUGGCUCUUUGUCAUCGGAGGAUCACGACUUUGACCCAACGGCAGACAUGUUGGUCCAUGACUAUGAUGAUGAGCAUACGCUAGAGGAAGAGGAGAUGCGCGAAGGAGAGUCAAACAGCAGCUCGGAGAUCGCAGAUCUGGAGAAGGAGGGUAACAUGCCUUUGGAAGAGCUGCUGGCCCUGUAUAGGUAUGAACCAUCAGUCAGCACUGCUGGAGGUUCGAGUGCGGACAGCUCCUCAGUUGAACUGACAGAUGACUUGCCUGACAUGACGUUAGACAAAGAGGAGAUAGCUAAAGAUCUGUUGUCUGGUGAUGAUGAAGAAACCCAGUCCUCUGCAGAUGAUCUCACGCCGUCAGUGACAUCACAUGAAACCACCGAUUUCUUUCCCAGAACUCUUCGCUCUAACACUAUUUAUGAUGGAGACAAGGAGUCUGAAGGCGAAGAGGAAGGUCUGAACACUGAGGACUCACGAAAGGAAAUCAUGGUUGGAUCUCAGUACCAGGCUGAAAUUCCCAGUCUUAGCUGCUACAGUGUACAUGAGAAGGUUUAUGAAGUUGAAGAUCAGUUACUGUGGCGACCAGAUAUGUUAUCAGAGGCAAAAGUGAAAGACUUCCUGCACAAGGCCACCCUGUCGAGUGCUGAUGGGGCUGUGGGCAGAGAUGGAGAAGGUCUAGUUAAAGACAACGAACAGGCUUUGUAUGAGCUCGUUACGUGCAAUUACAACGUGCAUGAAGGUCUUGAGCGCUAUCGGAGCAAUAAAAAGUCUUCAAAGGAUGAAAUGCUCCCGUGGUCUGAAGAAGAAUGUAGGAACUUUGAACAUGCUCUUUUAUUGUAUGAGAAGAACUUCCAUCUCAUUCAGAAGCACAAAGUGAACACGAGGACUGUAGCGGAAUGUGUCGCAUUUUACUACAUGUGGAAAAAGUCGGAACGGUUUGACUUCUUCGUCCAACAAAACCGGUUUGGGAAGAAGAAGUUCAGCAGCUAUCCUGGUGUAACGGACCUGAUGGACCGUCUAGUGGACGAAGCUGAGGGUCUGGUGGACGGUUCGGGAUCGGUCUGCUCCAGCAGUGGUGGCAGGAUGGAGUCCUCCGACCAGCAGAUCAACAUUCUCAAUUCCAUUACUGCCAGCGACCUCUCCGCCCUAACCAGCAGCGUGGCGUCAGUGUGCAACCCUGGAGACACCAGCUGCCUGGAUUCCUACAGCUUCUCACCGCUGGAUGGUCUUCACCGCGGACCCCUGGGCCACGAUGAACCCCUCGGCUUCUCCAGCAAUGGCGACGGCGAGUGCCUCAACCUGCUGGACGCUGGCUUCUACCAUUCAGACCUGGGACAGCUGGGCGUGUGCGGCGAGGGCUGUGAGAGACCCGCAGCCAAGCGGCUUAAGAUGGGCCUAUCUGAGCCCUUCCUGAACGAGGUGGGCGGUCGCACUGUGGGCAUGGAUUUUGAGGGCCACGCCCACCACAUCACCAGUGCUAAAAUGGCCGUCUCCGUCACUGACUUUGGCAGUCUGUCGGCCAGCGAGGCCGGCGGGUACAUGGGAGGCCACGGCCGGCACCAGCACACGGCGCUGCAGUCCGAGUGACUUCAUCGCCUCCCUGCCGGCACCUCUGGUGGUUGAGCCAUGUACAUAGCCCCUCACUGGAAACUGAAAUUCUUUCGUCGUUGUUUUUGGGUUUUUAAUCAUGUACAUGUGCGUGUAUAUAUGUACAGAUUCCUUUUUUUACUAUGACAUCAGUGAUGUCUUAUUGUACAGAUCUUAAUCUUGAGUUCUCAAGAGUUAAUACAGCCAUUUAUUUUCAGUCUGGAAUAUUUUGGAAAGUGUCAUAUGUAUCUUGUCCGAAUACUGUGGAAGCUGAACUUGUGGUAGGAGUGAAAGGUCUGCACUUUCGCUUCAUGUCAGUAGUUCCCACAAAAGUCGCAGAAAUGUCUCAUCCACUUUCCCCUUCCACCAAUGACGAGGUGUCUGUUUUGUGGUGACUGACUGACUGCCAGAGCAAGGCAGGGCAGACCAGUACCUGUGCCUGGCCUCAGCUCACAUAGCUUUUAUGUGACGACACCAAAUGGAAAUGAGUUUUAUUUGGAGCAAAAUGUUUUUUGUUUUUGUUUUUUGUAAAUGGAGCCAUUGUGCAUCCUAAAGGAACACUUUUCAAAAUGGAACAGCAAGUACCAGGGGAAGUUCAUCUCAUCGUCAAUGUACAUUCAAGUGGCACUGCAAAGCAUUAGUCACUUACUUGUCAAAAAGAAGAUUCCAGUUCCUCAGAAAUUACUUUAUAUAUGGGCAGUUGAGCUUUAUUGUAGCUGCAACAAAGAUUUGUAGAUUUAUAUAAAUGAUCAGUAAUUAUGAUCGUCAUUUCCCCCCCCCCCCCACCCCCCUUUUGAGUGCUUCACAAGAUCUUUUUGGCUGUCGGAAGGAGAAAACUGCGAUAAAACAAUUUUUUUUUUUUUUUUUUUUUUAAAUCAUUUAUUUAUGCUCUUUCUACGCUCCAUUUUGCAUCUUGCUUUGUAAUCACAUGGUGGUUGAUUCAUGGGGGGGGGGGGUAUUUAUUGUUAUACAUACCAUUGGACUGCAUAUUGGUCACUGUGGUGCGAACCGAAGCUGUACUCUUAAUAUUAUUUUGAAAAGUGUGAAUUUCUGGCAUGAGAUCAGUUAUGUCCCUGUUCUGUUUUCAUAGCGUGACCCUUUAUUUGAAGUGUGAUGGUUUGCAUGGAUAUCUUUAGCAAGGUUUGCGACAAAUUGUUACAGGUGUUAUUUGGGACAUUUUGUGUUUCUGUCAAGAAUUGGCUCAUCCCAAGGUGUGCGUGCAUGUGCACGCAGGUUCACUGCUUCAUGUAACUCCUACCCUUCUCACUGCCAGGGUUUGUUGCAAGAUGUGGUAUGAAAGAUUUCAGUUAGAGACGUUGUGCUCAAAACAGAAGAACCGACUAUGUUUCUAAAUGGUCCACAAAGGGAUUCCACUGUUGACCUAAAUUUAUCUAUGCAUUUAUUACAGUAAUUUAGACUUAGACAUGGUUGUCAGUUACCUUAUUUGAACAAACAAGAAUGACUGACUAAUUGUGUGUUCACAAAAUGUAAAUCCAUGAAUGAUUAAGUGUGUGUUUGUCUAGGCUGACCAUGAACAGAACAAAUUUUUAGACUUUUCAUCUUUUGUCAAGUGUUCUUGUUUGGUGAGCAUGUUCUGGCACUGUUGUUCAUCACCCUUACUGACAUGAUCAAGUGUAUUUACCUCAAUAUGGUUUUCCUUUGUGAACUCUUACGUACUCUUACAUGGCAAUAAUUUGUAAAUAUGUACAGACACCAACAUAACCUUCCCACUUUCUCUUCCUUGGCAAACAGACUUGAACCUUAAAACUGAAAUCUGUGCUUUUGAGUCUGUAAUUUAAGUAUUCCACAGAAAUGCCUUUAAUUGCUUUACCAUUUAGCUGAUAAUAUAUAUAUUUUUUGUUGGUUUUGCUUUACAAGAGAUUCGCUUAAGAAAAGAGUUAUUUAUUUAUUUAUUUAUUCACUUAAACUGCGAGUGGGUGUGGUGUGUUCAGUGUGCAGUAGAGGGUGUGUGAAGCCAAGCUGUCCACGGUGGCUAGCGCGGCUCAGAGACGUGCUCUUGGCGCAUCAGUACAGGCUGUAUGUGCUUGGUCUUCACACAGUAUUAUAAAGUCUUGGGGGUUAAUGAUCUAUGUGGAAGGAAGAAUGUUUGCUGGUUAAGGCAAGGCCCUAUUUGCAGUGUUGCCUUAACACUUGUUGCUUAUUUAAAAAAAAAAAAAAAAAAAAAAAAAAAAAACCUUGCAUGUUAAAUCUACCUGGGAAAACACUUCUAAAGACGAUGGCCUGGGAGAAAACAAAGCUUUUUGCCGUUUUUAUGGUCUGGGGUCCUUAUAGAGGAUUUUAAGACUGGCAAGAAAUGGUGCAUUGCAGAAGAGUGACCCAAGGGUGGUUCAUGCUCUGUAAAAUUGUUUCCUGUAUGUAAGGCCAGAAUUCUCAAUUAUGUUUUUGUUUUUCAUUACAUACUUGAAGGAUGUGUAUUGAUAUCAUUUAAUACACUUAAAACAAUAUUCUCAAUUUAAGUCCUGUAGGUUGUGCAAUCAAUUUCUCCUGUCCCUCCCAGGAUUGAACAGAGCUUUAGGAAAUUGUGUUGGUGAAGUAACUUAUUCAUGUCCAAAGUUUGUAUGAAAAGUACUAGCUUAAAAUUGUUGUAAAUGUAGUGAUGGUUGUUUGCUUGCAGGGGCAAAAAUUUAAAUGUAAAUUUAAAAACCCUCCUUAUCAGAAUAAUGUUAUGUUUUUGUUUAGUAAACAGUCAUUUUUCAUGCAUUUACUUUUUGUGCUGGGGAAAAGAAAAGCAUUACCAUAAAUUUUCCUUUGACACUUGUUUUGGUGUAAAGAAAUUAUAGUAUUAAAUAGACAAUCAAACAGCAAUUACUACUUAAAAACAAAUUUUAUCAUUCAUAAUGUUUGUACAUAGACACUGUUUCUGUUUUGUUGGUUUUUAUUUUCUAUUUUAUGUUAUACUUAAAUAACUGGCAAACAGAUCCAGGAAUAAAGUUCUGGAAAUAUUAUGACUUUUGCUUAAGCUCUCACUUUAUAAAAUGGGGGGGGGGGGGGAGCCCUAAAAACUAAAAAGGGCUAAAAGUUCACCUUUUGAAGAAUCAAAUUCAUCUCACUGAAAAAAAUGAAACACAACCCACCCUCUAAGUAGUACUUCUGAGACCAAAUCUGUCAUUAAGAAAUCAUAUUUAACAAAUCCACAUGGCCACAAUUCUAGGCACCCUUAGAAAUUCCUAGAAACCAAAUGUAACAAGCAUUUUUUGAGGUGAUCAUAAUGCACAGUAAUCCAUGACUUCCUGUUUCAGUCAGGGACUGGCUAGAAAAAAAGUAGCUACUUGCUUGCAUUUACAUUUAUGGCAAGAAAAAAAAAA